AUUCCAAACAAAACCAGAGCCACAGGGGCACCAAAAACACUUCCCUCGAAUAAGAAAAGCCCCGACAGCGCUCUGUAGCUCACUAGAAAAAGAAAAAAUAAUUAUAAAAAAGAAAGACCUUUCUUCUUCAAUUAAUUUUUUUUUCUUUCUCGAUCAUACGGGCGUUUCUGGUGCUGUUUUUUUUAUUUUUUAUUUUAUUUUUUGUGUAUUACUUUAAUUUAUAUCACUCAAGAUGGCAGCUAGUGAAUCAAAGAAGAAGAAGAUAGCCAUCAUCGCCGUAUUGGUUGUACUUCUGGUGGCGAUGAUAGUGGCGGUGACGGUGGGUGUCAAAAUGGCCAAAAAGGGCAACAAGAAGCCUGCCAAGGUUGGUGCGAAGAAAAAGGCCAUCGAGACCAUAUGCCAGGCCACCACCUACAAAGAAACCUGCCAAAGCAGCCUCGAAAAGGAGACGGGUGACACCACCGACCCGAAGGACCUGAUCAAGGCCGAGUUCCAGGUGGCGGCGGACAAAGUUAAUGAGGUGAUCAAGAACUCGAACACCUUGAAAGAGUAUGCCAAGGAUCCAAUGGCCAGCCAGGCUCUGGGCGUGUGCAAGGAAUUGUUGGAAACCGCAGUUGAAGAUCUCCUCGGGGCGGUUGAUAAGAUGGGGCCAUUCGAUGUUAGCAAGAUCAGUGACUACCUUGCAGAUCUCAAGGUGUGGCUGAGCGCCGCCGUCAAUCACCAGGCAACCUGCCUUGACGCGUUUGAGGACACCAAAGGCGAGGCCGGCGAGAAAAUGAGGGGCUUUUUGAAGACAGCGCAAGAACUCACCAGCAAUGGACUUGCCAUGGUCUCGGAAAUCUCUCGUCUCGUCGAUUCUCCUAAAUUGAACUCUCACCGUCGCCUCAUGUCCUCGUCAAAAGGCGGGCAGACAAAGAGGAAUUAUAAGCCAGUGCCAGGGUGGAUGAGUGAUCGCCAUCUGGAUCUCUUGACUGCCACUCCGGAGAGCUUGAAGCCCAACGUGGUUGUGGCUAAGGAUGGGACUGGCAAGUAUAAGACCAUCAACGAGGCCUUGAAGGAGGUCCCACAAAAGAGCAACGAGGCCUUUGUGAUUUAUAUUAAGAAGGGAAUGUACGAAGAGACUGUCAUCGUUGACAAGGAAAUGACCAAUGUUGUGAUGAUUGGUGACGGUCCAACCAUGACCAGGAUCAGCGGAAGCAAGAGCCACGCGGAUGGUAUCACAACCAUGAACACUGCAACCUUUGCCGCAGUUGGAAACUAUUUCGUUGCCAAGGGAAUUGGGUUCGAGAACACAGCAGGACACGUAAAGCACCAAGCCGUGGCACUGCGUGUGCAAUCCGACUUCUCCAUCUUCUUCAACUGCCACAUGGAUGCAUACCAAGACACACUCUACACCCAAACCUACCGCCAAUUCUACCGCGACUGCACCAUCACUGGUACAGUAGACUUCAUCUUUGGCGAUGGGGUGGCUUUGUUCCAAAACUGCAAGAUGGUGGUGAGAAAGCCAGGGGAAGCACAGGCUUGCAUGGUGACAGCACAAGGCAGGACUGACCGCAACGAGAUCACCGGCAUUUUCCUCCAAAACUGCACCAUCACCGGUGAGCCAGAUUACAUGGCUGUGAAGGAUAAGAACAAGGCAUACUUGGGGAGGCCAUGGAAGAAAUUUGCAAGGGUAGUUGUGAUGCAGUCAUCGAUUGACGAAGCCAUUGCACCUGAAGGGUGGACAGAAUGGACUGGUGAAAAAUACCACCAAAACUGCUUCUUUGGUGAGUACGGAAACAGGGGUCCUAGGAAGGACAUGACCCAAAGGGUCAAAUGGUCAACCGUCAAGAGACUCACUCCUGAUCAAGCUGCGGCUUUCACCCCUGCUAGGGUGUUUGAGGGUGAUAAGUGGGUAAAGCCCAGUGGGGUUCCAUAUGUUCCAGGCAUGAUGCCCGUGUAAUUCCCAAAUGAAAAGUUUGGGACACCAAUUUUCAUAUGAAAAUCUUACAAGACCAAUUUUUUAUAUAUAAAACAAAAAAACAAAUUUACAUCAUAGAGUA